AGCGGUCCGUCUGGGGCUAAGGCGGCGGCGGCGGCGGCGGCGGCAGACUGACCGGUCCUGGUGCGCUCCGAGGGGCGGGCUGGGCUGUGCGCCGUCGUCCCCGGGGCUGGAGCCGCGAGGUGUGGCGCUCCCGAGCUGGGAUAGCGGCCGGGCCGGCUCCCGACUCAGGGCUCCGAGGGGCGGGACCGCCGCUCCCUGGACGCCGGGAAACCGCUCCCGAGACCCGGGCGCGCGUUUACCCGGGCUGCCAGGCUGCGACCGCCCGAGGGUGGGCGUGAGAGCGCCCGGCCGGCUUCGGGGGUCGGGGAGAGCAGGCCUGGGGACCGCUGCUCCCGGGGAGAAGUUGGAUUGUCCGGAAAUGGAUGAAAAGAGGCUACUGGAUCCAGGGUUGAAAGUUCGUAAAGGCCUCUGGGAUCAUACUCUGAAGAACCAGCAGAUGGAAUGCCUGAGUGACUGAAGAAAAUGGGUGCUAAUGCAUCUAGCUAUCCUCAUUCAUGCUCCCCGAGGGUAGGGGGAAAUUCUCAAGCCCAGCAGACUUUUAUAGGGACAUCAUCCUAUUCUCAGCAAGGCUAUGGUUGUGAAUCAAAAUUAUAUAGUCUUGACCAUGGCCAUGAGAAACCACAAGAUAAAAAAAAGAGAACCUCUGGCCUUGCCACCCUCAAAAAGAAGUUCAUCAAGCGUCGGAAAUCUAAUCGGUCUGCUGAUCACGCCAAGCAGAUGCGAGAACUCCUCUCUGGUUGGGAUGUUCGAGAUGUCAAUGCUUUAGUGGAGGAAUAUGAGGGAACUUCAGCCUUAAAGGAGCUUUCUUUACAAGCCAGUGUGGCUCGACCAGAAGCCCGGACAUUGCAGAAAGAUAUGGCCGAUCUUUAUGAGUACAAGUAUUGUACUGAUGUAGACUUAAUAUUUCAAGAAACUUGCUUUCCUGUUCAUCGUGCCAUUUUGGCGGCAAGAUGUCCAUUUUUUAAAACACUACUUUCUUCCUCACCUGAGUAUGGGGCAGAGAUCAUCAUGGACAUCAAUACAGCUGGUAUAGAUAUGCCCAUGUUUUCUGCUUUGCUCCACUACCUUUACACGGGAGAGUUUGGAAUGGAGGACUCAAGGUUUCAAAAUGUUGAUAUCCUCGUUCAGCUUAGGGAAGAAUUUGGAACACCAAAUUCCCUUGAUGUAGAUAUGCGUGGACUCUUUGAUUACAUGUGCUAUUAUGAUGUCGUCCUUAGUUUUUCUUCAGACUCUGAACUGGUUGAAGCUUUUGGUGGAAAUCAGAACUGUUUAGAUGAAGAGCUUAAAGCUCACAAGGCUAUUAUUUCAGCACGGUCCCCAUUUUUUCGAAAUUUAUUACAAAGAAGGAUACGGACUGGUGAAGAAAUCACAGACCGAACUUUGAGGACUCCCACAAGAAUUAUAUUAGAUGAGUCCAUUAUACCAAAAAAAUAUGCAAAAGUGAUAUUACACUGUAUGUAUACUGACAUGGUGGACCUGGCCGUUUUGCACUGCAGCCCCUCUGUGGGGAGUCUCAGUGAAGUUCAGGCUCUCGUCGCAGGGAAGCCAAACAUGACCAGGGCGGAAGAAGCCAUGGAGCUUUACCACAUAGCACUGUUCUUGGAAUUUAACAUGCUUGCACAAGGCUGUGAGGAUAUCAUUGCUGAAAGCAUCUCAUUAGAUACCUUAAUUGCCAUCCUCAAGUGGAGCUCUCAUCCAUAUGGCUCUAAGUGGGUGCACCGACAAGCUUUACAUUUCCUCUGUGAGGAAUUUUCCCAGGUCAUGACUUCGGAUGUUUUUUAUGAACUCAGCAAAGACCAUCUGCUUACUGCUGUCCAGUCUGACUACCUACAGGCAAGUGAACAAGAUAUCCUUAAAUAUCUGAUUAAAUGGGGUGAGCAUCAGUUAAUGAAGAGAAUAGCAGACAGAGAGCCAAACUUACUGAGUGGCACUGCUCAUAGUGUGAACAAGAGAGGUGUGAAAAGACGGGACCUGGACAUCGAAGAGCUUAGAGAGAUCCUUUCCUCUCUCUUACCUUUUGUACGAAUUGAACACAUCUUGCCUAUAAACAGUGAAGUCCUAAGUGAUGCAAUGAAAAGAGGCUUGAUUAGUACUCCUCCAUCAGAUAUGCUUCCUACAACAGAAGGUGGAAAGUCAAAUGCCUGGUUACGGCAAAAAAAUGCUGGAAUCUAUGUUCGUCCUCGGCUGUUCUCUCCCUAUGUAGAAGAAGCGAAGUCAGUGCUAGAUGAGAUGAUGGUGGAACAAACAGACCUUGUGCGUCUGCGAAUGGUUAGAAUGUCCAACGUGCCAGACACACUGUACAUGGUCAGCAACGCCGUGCCUCAGUGCUGCCACGUGAUCAGCCACCAGCAGAUCAGCAGCAGCCAGUCAAGCCCUCCUUCGGUGGUAGCAAACGAAAUCCCAGUUCCUUGUCUCCUCAUUAUGAAGGACAUGGUCAGACGUCUGCAGGAGCUGCGGCACACUGAGCAGGUGCAGAGGGCCUAUGCACUCAACUGUGGGGAAGGCGCCACAGUCAGCUAUGAAAUUCAGAUUCGCGUGUUGAGAGAGUUCGGGCUUGCCGAUGCUGCAGCAGAACUCUUGCAGAAUCCUCACAAAUUCUUUCCUGAUGAACGUUUUGGAGAUGAAAGUCCACUCUUGACAAUGAGACAGUCUGGGAGAUGUCGAGUUAACAGCACCCCCACUGCAGAAACCAUGUUUACAGAUCUGGAAUCUUUCGUGGCCUUCCAUCCACCCUUACCCCCUCCACCGCCUCCCUACCACCCGCCAGCGACCCCAAUCCACAACCAGCUCAAAGCAGGCUGGAAGCAAAGACCUCCCAAUCAGCAUCCUUCACGUUCGUUUUCUUAUCCCUGUAAUCACUCACUGUUUCACUCCAGAACAGCCCCUAAAGCUGGCCCCCCUCCAGUCUACUUGCCAGGUGUGAAAGCAGCGGCCCCUGAUUGUACCAACACCGCAGGGCUGGGGAGACAGACGGUGGCUGCCGCCGCCGCCUCAGCAACAACAGCAUCUGAGAAACAAGUGUGCACACAACCUGUGCUAAACGAUCUAAUGCCAGAUAUUGCCAUGGGUGUAUCCACGCUGUCACUCAAGGACAGGAGGCUUCCAGAACUUGCUGUGGACACAGAAUUAAGCCAGGCAGUUUCUGAAGUAGGACCAGGGCCUCCCCAACAUCUAUCGUGUAUUCCACAGAGGCAUACACAUACAUCUCGAAAGAAACACACACUAGAGCAAAAAACAGAUGCUCGAGAAAAUCAGCAGGAAUAUCCGGAUUUCUAUGACUUCUCAAAUGCUGCUUGCAGACCAUCCACUCCUGCCCCGGGCAGACGUACCCCCUCCCCUUCACAAGGUGGAUAUUUUGGUCCCGAUUUGUAUAGCCACAAUAAGGCAUCACCAAGUGGCUUAAAGUCAGCCUACCUACCAGGCCAGACCUCGCCUAAAAAGCAGGAAGAAACCAGGAAAGAGUAUCCACUUCCCCCCGAUGGGCAUCCGCACAGACAGAAGAGUGAGCCGAUACACCUCGACGUUGUUGAGCAGCCCCCCCAGCGGCCAGAUUUUCCCUUGGCAGCCCCAGAAAAUGCCGGUAGUGGUUCAGCCCAUGUCAGGGGGCGAGCAGCAGGGGAAACUGACUUGACUUUUGGGCUGACUCCUAACAGACCUUCACAUUCUGCAUGUAGCUCUGAAGCUCCAGAAGAGAGAUCCGGCAGAAGACUGGCAGAUGAGUCCCUGGGCCAUGGAGCUCAGCGAAAUACAGAUUUGGAAAGGGAAGAUUCAGUCAGCAGAGGAAGGAGGUCCCCGAGCAAGCCAGACUUCCUCUACAAAAAGUCUGCCCUUUGAGAGUAACCUCCAAGUCGUCCGUGCCUGAGAUGUGAAACAUCCCAUUUUAUGAUGUAACCCAACAACUUAGAGACCAGUUUAUUGAUGCCAGCUGAUAACUCAGUUUCACGUUAUUUUAUUCUAGUUUUUGUAUAUACACGUUUAUUAGACAUGGCAUGCUAAGAGGGUUAUUUUGAAUGCUGCAUCUGCUGUCUGUUUUGUGUUUAAACAGUUGUGUGGGGAAGCAUUUUUAAGAACAAACAAGCUGGCACUUUUUUUUUCCCCCUCUCUUUACAAACAAUGGAAUUUUUUUUGCACUUGUACCUUUGUUUUAUCUGUAUUGGUUUUAUAUCAGUAUGUUAAACUUUAUUGCCACAUUUAAAGGACUGUAUUUUCAUACUUUUUUGCAUUUUACCUUUCAUCUACCUAUUUCCACGUGCAUUGGAUUGCACACUAAGAUGUAUUUUCUUAUGAAAUAGUUCUGUGUUUAUUUUUUAAUUAUAGAAAUUCCAAAGAACAGCACAUCAAAAUGCUCCUCUCUUUUCCGUAGUUGUUUCAGUUCAGAAACCUUCCUGCUCAGUCUUCAUAAAUCUUACGUCAUCCUGUUUAAAUAAGUCCUGGGAGCUGGUCUUCAUUCCUCCAGCAGGAGUCCAGUCAGGAAUCCUGAAGUUUUCCUGGUUCAGGAAAGAACAAGAAGGAGAAAAGCCUUCUGCAUCCAGGCAAAAGCUUGUUGUUUUAUCCACAGGACAGACUCUGUUAGAAUCACUGCAGGUUCUGGUCAUGUGGAUUAGAGUUUCGCUAGAUGAGGUUUGAAACAGAUCAGCUUUCUUGGAAUCCUAAAGCAGUGGAAUUAGGAACUUCAGCUUGCACUACGGGAUCGCUGCUUCUGAGCAUCGACUUAGCAGCUGAGGGGGGAGAGUGACUGCUUGCUGCCUUCAGUUGUCCUGCUCUCUUGUGGGGGAAAAAAAAACAAAAGGGCUUCAGUCUUACAGAUGUCAUUUGGUGUUUGUAAGUAGUUGUUUUAAGUGUUUUUCAAAGUGUGUCAGAAUUUUGGUGUCCUUUAAAAAGUUAUUGUAUAAUGCAUAAUGCUUUGUCACCAAAAAAGAAAAACCUUUUUUUUUUUUCCAGUGAAACACUACAUGUCCUACUUGAACUCCACUGGGGACGCUGGUUUGGGAUUUUACUGAACCACUGAGCACAUGGGAUCUUUUAAGAUCCUUUCCCUUAGAAGGGCAAUGUGUGAGCUAAGGACUGUUUUUUUUUCUUACUCUCCAAUGUAAAUAUAUUAGCAUUUUAAAUCACUUCAACAUUAUUUGAGCAUUCACUUUGUAUUUUUACACAUAACAUACACACAGCCGUAGCACUUAUAUUACAAGAGACUUUCUGAGCACUCCCUCACUUGAAGGAUGUUCGGGAGCCUCCUCUCUGUGUAUGUAUAUAUACAUAUAUACAACUCUGAAUCACUCACACUCACUCUAAAACUAUGCAGGGCUAGGGAGCCUUUACAAGCUACCAUAUAAAUGAAUUACAUGCACUUUUAAGUAAAUAGGUUUCUAUUGGAUGUCAACAGCUCUGAUUUUUCCCAAAACUGUAGUUUCUCUUACAGUCUCUUCCUACUUUACCCUGUGGAUAUACACUCAGGAAUAAUCUGACAUUUUAAAAAAUCCUAACAGCAGAUAGUCUCAAAGAUGGGAACAUGUCAGUUGAUCUGUCUACACCGGCAAACCGCUGCCGCUCGCUCUGCUGCCUGGCUAGUUAGCUGCUGCCCAUGCAUCCGUUGAUGUCAGCCACGCUGCACACCAACCCUGGGUCUCCCAGAGUCGGCACCAGGCUGCUACGAGGUUGGCUGCAUAUCAUCGCCUCUAAGGCUCCUUUUUUUUUUUUUUUUAAAGAUGAAAAACUUAAGGACUCUGUUCUCAUUUUUAGGAAGUUUCACCUUUUGUAAUAAGAUGACAGUGUCUUUUGAAACUAAUCUCGGUCUGUCUCUCCUCAGAAACAAAAAAUAUUCAUUCCAUCACAUUCCUUAAGGUGUAUUUAUGUACAUGUGUUGACAUGAAUUCUUUUGAUACAGUUUUAAAUUUCUCUUUGAAUUCAGACUGUGCUGUGCUGGUACUGCAAUUAAGAGUGAAUAGAUAUAGUUGGUGGGGAAGUCUUUCUGAUCUCUGACCUGUUUUUUUUGUUGUUGUUUUUUGUUUUUUAAGACAUAAGAGCUAUUGAUGCCCCACAUGGCAUAUUUCUGAAAAUUUACUAAGUAUUCUUUCAUGUCCCCCAAAUAUAAAAGAAGUGACCCACUGUCUGUAGUUUUGUUUAACUUAUGAAGUUUGUCUUUAAUAAUUUGGCAGCAUACCUGGCUGAACUGUGUAUAGAGAGAAACGUGCUGUGGGACUGUGGACUGCUGUGACUUGCGGAAGGUGAACAGACGUGGGUUUUGUGUGAGGGUAGGGUUAAUGGACUUUUAAUGUGUCUCGUGAAGUGUGGUCAGUAGGGUAGGUUGAAUAGCUAUGUGCCUCUGGCUUUUGACCCCAUCUCUUCAAUCUUUUUUAAUGCUUCGUAAGCAUUAAAACCUUUCAGUGCUGUACUAAGAUAAAUGUGAAGUCUGAGUAAGAUUGCUCUGAGAAAUUAACGUGUAUAAUAUGAAACUUAGGCCGUACGACCUAGUGUUUUACUCAGUGUAAAAACUUCCUGAGAACCAAAUCUCAACACACCAGAUCUCCUCUUGAGGCCGUGGACAAUCAGGCCGUUAGACAAUCGCCACUUUUGGUGCCCGCCAUGUUGAGGUUGGCGAAUGCCGGUUAGAUCCUGGAGCGGAAGCAGAGGAUCCACGUUUCUUCAAGAUGCUGUUGGUCUUGUUCUUAUAUUUUUGUUUUAAUUCUGUUAUCUUGAUUAAUAAUUUCAGUUCCAAGUCAUAGGUAUGACUCCUAAGGGGAAAAGAUAGCAGCAAGAGAGGCAAAACUUACUCCUGAAAAAAUAAUUAUUUGAAUUGUCCACGUACCAUGCAUAACCUUUCUCAGUGCCCCUGUAGCUUUUUCUAGGCAAAUCCCUAGACCUAAGCUCUCCUGACAUUUCGGUAACCAGGUAGAUUUUAAGGAUUUUAAAUGACUUCUUUUUAUUUGAGUUUUUUUUUGUUAUUGUUGAACUCUCUGUGAAACUUAACCUAAUUCUUGUUUAUGCUUCCUUAAAAAAAAAAAAAAAUCUGUUCUUCACUGGGUUUUCUUUGGAUUUGUUCUUCAAACUUGAGUCGCAGUGGACAGUGCUUGUCCAUUGAUGGAGGGAAAACAGCCCAUGCAACCUCCGCAGGGGCCACAGAGCUGACCCCUCCCUGUGUGUCGGUCUCUAGAAGUCUCAGUAACGACUUGGCAAAAUAAUGUAUUUUCAUGUUUAAAUCUUGCCUUUUAGGGAAAAUAAGUUUCAUGACACACUUGUAAGAUACUUGUUUGCAAUUCUAAAGCAUUUAUGUUUUUAUCUUAGGACUGAACUCAAAGGGAAAUGUUUGACUUUUUAUUUUUAAUUAUUUGGUUGACCUUUAACUUACUGUUGAAAGUUACUAUUAAAGCAGCAAUGAUGGGUGCUACUCCCCGUUCUGCAAUGGUUUACUUUGUCUACUAAGGAGUUUACUUUCAAACCUCAUUACAGAUAACCUUACUAAAAGAGUGACCAUCACACACUAAAGGGUAUCGUGCUAUUUUUCCAUUAACACUAUUGUAUAAACAAUGUUCUAUGAAAUGUUAAGUUGUCUCUUUGUCCUAUUGAUUGCAAUAGCUAUUAUGUAAUUGUAUUGGCAAGUCUUUUGAUUUUUUUUUUUUCCUCUAGAAAACCCUCAGACCAUGAAUCAAUCUUCCAUAUUCUGAAUAUUAUAAUGCUGUGGCCAUUUCUGUAGAAAGAUGACUCGCAAGUGUGUAUCUUGAAAAUAACCUCUUGUGUUUGCGUGUUUACGUGGGUUCUGUCUUAAGAGCUGAGAGGAGCUCUGGAAGCUUCAUGGUGUACCUGCACGUGACUGUGUGGGUGGGUCCCACGGGCAGGUGGGACGGAACCUUGCUCUUGGGUGGGGCGGCUGAGAGAGAGAGUCCGGAACUCCACUUGCUGUUUCUGCACCAUGUCUGCACUUGAGAGAGGUGGUGUCUUCUACAACACUGCAUUUCUUGUGGUUGUGCUGUUACUGGUAUAAAGUCAAGUGCCUUCAUUUGCUAAAGGCUCAGAAAUUUUUCUUAAAACUGAUUUCAUGUCCUAUGCAAGUGUUUUCUACAACCUGCAUAACCAGUACUUUGUAAAACUUGUUUACGCUUCGACUGUACAUAGUGUUUUUUAAAGAAAUACAUAGUAUUUUUAUUUAGGUACCUCCGAACUUGAACUCGUCUGUGGGAAGCAUUGUAAAACGAUCGACCCAUUUCCCUUUUGAGUACCGUUACGGUUGUACAGAGGUUUUCACUGGUUCUAUUUUUCUACUGUUACUGACAAGCAUGUAACACUGACUUUAUCCUACAUAUAGUUGGCGUUUCAAAUAAAUGGCUUGGAUAGAA